CGUAUGUCGCGGGCACGCCCCCUUAUUCCAACGAAAGGGACAUGCGUGCGCGCUCCCUUCCUCCACAGCUCUCUGUUUGCUCGCUCUAUGUUGAUAGCGGCUUUCUGCUCCCACACGUGUAAUCUAUUCUAUGUGGCGCUCUCUCUUUGGGACCCUUCAAUAAGCAGACCCCGCUCCAUCAGAAAAGGUGUAAAAAGCCAUACAAACCGACCACCAUGGGGGCUUAUCUCUCGCAACCUAACACGACCAAGUCUUUUGCCGAUGGCGGCAACAGCACCCUGAGCUACGGCUUCUCUGCCAUGCAGGGCUGGCGCGUCUCCAUGGAGGAUUCUCACAAUUGUAUUCCAGAGUUUGAUGAGGACACAGCCAUGUUUUCUGUGUAUGAUGGACAUGGAGGUGAAGAGGUGGCUCUUUACUGUUCAAAGUACCUUCCUGACAUCAUCAAGGAGCAGAAGGCCUACAAAGAUGGCAAACUGCAAAAGGCUCUGGAGGAUGCUUUCUUAGCUAUCGACGGCAAAAUAACCACAGAGGAGGUCAUUAAGGAGCUGGUCCAGAUCGCCGGACGACCCACAGAGGCACCGCCUGUGGUAAAGGUGUCAGAGGAGGACGAUUUGGAAACGGAGGAGGCAGCUUUGCUCCAUGAGGAGGCCACCAUGACUAUAGAGGAGCUGCUGGUUCGCUAUGGCCAGAACCUCAAUGCUGUCAAGCAUGCGGCUGCCAUCAGUGCUGCCGCAAAGAAAGCAGCCAGCUCAAACCCUGAGGCCUCAGGAAGCAAAGGUGAAGCUGGGAAAGGAAAGGAGGGUGGAGUAAAUGGAGAAGUGGAGGAGGAGAGCAAUGGUAAAGCAAAAAAAGCCGGAGGAGCGGCAUGCGGAUCGAAGCUGCGAGAAUGCCGGAGAACAGGAGGUGAAGCCAGUGCUGCAGCAGCCGACUGUGGAGGGUCAGGAAGCGCCAAUGGGGCGGAAAAGGCCGGAAAGGCAGAAGGAGACGCAGGUCCUUCCUGCUCGUCCUCCAAGCCUGCAGGAGAUUCAAAGUCCAAGUUUUUUGAUGACAGCGAGGAGUCUGAAGGAGAGGAGGAGGAGGAGGGCAGUGAUGAAGAGGAGGGAAGCGAGGAAGAGGAUGGAGACAGCAGUGAGAUGGAAGAAGAGGAGGAUACAGAAGAUGGAGAGGAAGACUCUGAAGAUGAAGAAGAGGAGGAGGAGGAAAUGUGCCUUCCAGGAAUGGACGGGAAAGAGGAGCCCGGCUCUGACAGCGGCACCACAGCUGUAGUGGCUCUGAUCCGAGGAAAACAGCUGAUCGUGGCCAACGCCGGAGACUCCCGCUGCGUCGUGUCUGAGCGCGGCAAGGCUGUGGACAUGUCGUACGACCACAAGCCAGAGGACGAGUUGGAACUGGCCCGCAUCAAAAACGCUGGCGGGAAAGUCACCAUGGACGGGCGGGUCAACGGGGGACUGAACCUCUCCAGAGCUAUCGGUGAUCACUUCUAUAAGAGGAACAAGGCUCUGCCUCCAGACGAGCAGAUGAUUUCCUCAAUGCCAGACGUCAAAGUCCUUACGCUUAACGGGGACCACGACUUCAUGGUCAUCGCCUGCGACGGCAUCUGGAAUGUGCUCAGCAGUCAGGAGGUGGUGGACUUCAUCAGCGAGAGGAUCAAACCAGACCAGAGCGGGAAAGUCAAAUCCCUCUCAUCCAUAGUGGGAGAGCUGUUGGACCACUGUUUGGCCCCCGACACAUCUGGAGACGGGACCGGAUGUGACAACAUGACCUGCAUGAUCAUCACCCUCCGGCCUCACCCGUCCACCGCUCAGCCGGAGGACAAGAAGAAGAGGAAGUUCGAGGACGAGGCAGAAGAAGCCAAGCCCGAGAAGAACAGCAAUGACAGCAAAAAGGCCAAAAGUGAAUAAAGGCAGAGAGAAACCGACCCGGAGGCAGCAGCUGGUCCCAGGCUCCCCAGAAGCACCAGAGGCAAAUCCUGCUCAACAGUUCAUCCUUGCCUCAUAAACAUCAAUUCCCCCUUAAGUAAAUUAAAAUGACUAUAUGUAUGUUCAAAGAUCGGCUGAGCUUCGAUCAUCAGUAUAGUUUUUUUAUUCUCAGUUUUUUUCGCUUUAACACCCUUUCAGUUAUUCCUUCUUUUUUUUGUCACUGUAAAGGCUUCUUAAGUUCAGCGCGGUCAUACUCCAACAUGCUGAAUAGUACAUUAUUUUCCAAGUAUUUGUAACUAAAGGCCGAAUGAACCAGUCUACAGUCAUGUAUGUGUAUUUCUAAACAUCUUAGAGACGUCUCAUCGCCUCUGCAGACAUCACCGCCCUCUUGUGAAAAUAUAUCCCCACAUGGCGGUGUCACAGUUUGGUUUCAGUGGAAGUUUGAGGAUAGCUCUCCUAGUGGCCUGUGUAUGAUCGCUGUUGACGUAUAGCAGUAGCACACAAUCGCACAAUGCUCUGUGUUAUGCCCAAAUUACAAGGCAUUCAUUGUAUUUCAAAGUGCCAUUAAGUCCCAUGAAUUCCUUAUAGGCACCAUUUCACAUCCUCAAAUGAAGUGAUGGGAUCCGAAAUGCUGCAGAUAGACUUGUAAAGGUAGCAGUAGUGAAAAUGAUUGAUAGAGGAUAUUAUGUCUUUUGUAGCCCCACUUUAAAGACUCCAGAUGCAGCGAGAGUGCGCAUGCUUGUCCAGUGAAUGUGUGGCUUCCAUAUUUAAGGGAGGAAGAGGGACUGAAGGAUUUGGGGAACCAGUCCUGUCGCCAUUUUGAUGAUUAUUUUUCAGGCUCGCUGGUCACAUAUUCAAAAACAAUACAUCCCCAUUAUCUGGCCUUUAUUUCCAUUCCUGCCUUGUGUCUGGUUUUGAUUAAAUUCUGUAAAUAUCCAGACGGAGAAAAGGUGCCAGGGUUUUUGGAGCUAGUGUACUUAUCAUCUGUAAGAUCUGAUGGCAACAAAGAGAGGUAAAGCCUGCUCUGUGUCCCUCCAGAGAGAGGUGGUGAUUGAAGCCCUGGACUUCAUCCUUCUCCACCACUUUCCCUCUCCCCGUCGUUCCACUAUGUGUUUUAGUAAAAAAAGUAUUUCCACUCAAAUGUUUGUUGUUAGUUUUCUUUUUCGAUUUUGAUGUAACAGUUAUAGGAAGUUUAUUUUCUUGCCAGCACACUCUGGAAACGUGACGCUGUACUGUUGAGGAGGCACAAGAUUACUUUUGAGUGGAAAUACAGUCUGAAGCUCAGAGCACCAAGACAGUGUAACUGUUCAGAAGAGUUCUCUUGUCUUUGUGUAGAAGCCUCAUUUGAACCACAUUGUGCGACUGCAAGUUUGGCUCUAGUCUACUUUCUCGUCACCAUGCCCCCUUUUUCUGUAAAUAGUUUUUUCAAUACUUGUAAUUGAAGAAGAAGAAAGCUUUUUCUUUGUAAUUGUGAGUCAAUGUGACAUUUUUGGUGCAUACUCUUUUGACACCAGUAUGUAAGUACAUACAAAUACAUUUUUUUAAAUAAUCAUAA